AGUUUUUGUUUUCUUCACCUGUCACCUCGGACAGCUAUCAGCACCGUCUCUUUGUUUUUUCUAAGAAACGACUCUCGUGUCUUUUCAAGAUUAAAUGUUAAUCCUGUAUGACCUUCGGAGACCUUACUGAAGACGGCGUUUAAGAAGGCCUGUGCAGGGAUGGAGCCCCUAGCAGUGGAUGAUGACAUCUGCAUCCUGAAACAUGAGACAGCCUAUGGUACAGCCGGCGAAAGCCCUGUGUCUGUGUGCGCUGGUGAUGAGUCCGUCGCAUCCCACUUUGCCCUGGUGACAGCCUACGAGGACAUCAAGAAAAGGCUGAGAGACACUGAGAGAGAGAACACCUUGCUGAGGAAGAGGGUUAAACAACUAGAAGAUAAGCUCUUCAGGCCAGAAGCCCCUCCAUCAGAAGGCCCCCAAUAUGUCAACAAGGCCUUCAGUGCUUACAGAGGCAUCUAUAUCGAGAAGGAGGACCUGCAGAUGGAGCUUAACAAACUGAAAAAGGAAAAGAGUGAGAGUGAGAGGCUGCUGACAGAGCAGCUCCAGGCCAAAGAGUUGGAGCUGCUUCAGCUGAAGACUGAGAUGGAGACCAGCCAAGUAAUGAAGAGCAUGAACAGCCCUCAGGAUUACUGGCAGGUGGACAGAGUCAACACUGAGCUAAAGAUCCGCAAACUGCAGGAGGAGCUGGAGAAGGUGACGCUGGAAAACAGCAGACUGCUGGAGAGAAGUGUGGAGGAACCCCACGGGCCUAACGGCCCAGGCUUGGACCAGCCCUGUGACCCAAAGUUUAAUCCCAGGGGGAGGAGCAUACAGCAGGAGUAUGAAGCGUUGUGCUGUGAGAUCACUCGUGUCCAUUCAAUGCUGAAGAACCAAACGAGCCUGAUUAGGAAACUCGGGCCACUAAUCAGUGAGACAAGAAAAGCUGCCUCAACCGUUCCAAUCCAGUGUCUGGAUGAUGUGGAGAAGAACAACAACCACCCACUUCCCCGUACAUCAGUGCCUCGUCCUCCUAGCGCUCCAGCAGUGCCCUCAUGUUCUGGUCGGCCCUGCCCACCUGCUGGGGUCCCGUCGGGCCUCGUGCUGCUGGACGGUCUGAGAGAGGACUGUUGGUACAGUGGGCUCUGGUCCACCCAGCACUGCUCCGGAGAAGCUUUGGGUGUGAGCGACACCUGUUCAGUCAUCCUGCCCCCACCUCCCCUCAACCAGGCCUCCCUGGAUGACAGCUCGAGGUCUUUCCCCAGCCCUCCCAAGCCAAGUGACGCCAUGUUCUGGGAAGGUCACUCUGCCGUCUCUAACUCCUCAUCCUCAAUGGGAAACUGCAGUCCCAGGAGCCCGCCCAACACUGAGUGGACCAAGCCGUAUUGAGAGGAAAUGUAACGGGGAAUAAAUUGAACUCAAACCCUGCGACAUAGCUACCACCUAACUUGCCUUAAGUAGAAUAAGACCACUCCCCUGGGCUGGACUGGGCCUAUGUGUCAAGAGAACCAGUCCAGACUAGAACAGGCCUUUGCGAGGUACAGACACCUUAAUUUGAUGUCUGUGCAGCCUGCACUGCUGAAUAUAUUUGACUUUGCAGAGGAUAAAGCUGAGAGACCAUCGAACGAACCGAUAGUGUCUCCUUAUGUGUGCACAUGCAUAAAUGUGCUGGCAUACAAGCAAUUUUGUGUGUGUGUGUGUGUGUGUGUGUGUGUGUAUAUAUAUGCACAUUAAGAGUGUGCCUGUGCAGAUCAGUGUGUGAGCAUCUUCUGCCUGCUCUGUACCUCUUUUAUUAUAAAUUGAAUACAGCUGUGGGGCCUCUUUUGUUUUGUUUUUUUGUUCACUGUGGCCGCUGAUUACCGAGGCCACAGCUGAGGAAUGGAAUUUGUGAAGCUCGACUCCCUCCAAUGCAAGACUUCUUAUGUUUGAGUGCUGUACUGUACACAAGGUAUAUAUAACCCUAUCUUUGUCUCAUGGUCGUGUGAAGGACAUGUCUAGGUAUGACAAUGUGUUCGUUUUUGUACUGUGAAGGGGGGAGAAGAGUUUUUGUUCAUCAAAACGAAAACUUCAUGGCAGGUAUUUCCUGAGGGCCACACAAUACAAAUAAAUUGUACAUCUAUCUCUGCUUGAGCUUGGCCUUUUUCAGUUUAAAAAAAGAGAGGCAUUUUUAUAUCUGGUCCCACAGUGCUGUUGGUCCUAGUCAAUGGGUUUGUGACGAGUUGCACAGGAAAAUUAGAAAUGAUAGAAAAUCAACUAAUUGAAGUUGAGACAAAGGCAAUACUGACACAAACCUGCUUCAUUAAACCCAGUCUUGAACUUUUGCAAGGUAUGAUCUACAGCAGCAAGUUUCAUCACAAUCUAUGAAGUUGUUGUGGCAUUAUCGUAUACGCUAGGUUUACGUUAGAUUUAAGCCCUUGAUCGCCAUAAUUGUAACCGAAUCGUGCCGUAUCAAAUGUUGCUGAGAUAAUGAGAUUACUUUCUGUACGCAGUUUCACCUGUACCAGGUUUCUUUGUAAAGAUAUCUUUGUAUAUAAGGUUUGAGAUUCUGCCCCCUGGUGACCAAGGUCUUAGCGAGGUGACUUCUGGUGCCAAGUUUCUCCUUGAUACAUUUAGUCUUUGUAAAGCUAUCUGUGUAUACAAGGGUUCAGAGAUUCUGCCCCCUGGUGGCCAAGGUCUUUGUGAGGUGACCUCUGGUGUCACGUUUUUCGUUGAUACAACCCCUGGCAAAAAUUAUGGAAUCACCGGCCUCGGAGGAUGUUCAUUCAGUUGUUUAAUUUUGUAGGAAAAAAGCAGAUCACAGACAUGACACAAAACU